UUUGCCUUGUUGGGCUAUUUCUCUCUCUCCUCUCUCCGUCUCCUACUGCUGCAGCUACUGCCCCUGCCCGCCGCCGCCGCCGCCGCCGGACUCCUCCCCUCCGCCGCUUCGCCUCCUUGCCGGCGAGCAGGCCGGACCGACCGUGCGCGCGGGCGGCGUGGACGGGGCGGGGCUCCUCUCCUCCCCGAGUCCCCGCCCUCCCCUGUGAGUGAGCCCUACUCUACUCUCGCGGAGGGCGGCGGGCGAGGAGGGGCUAGCUGCACCUGGCCUCUUCCACCGACCUGCGUCUCGUGUCGAAUCGAAUCCAAGGUCACUUUUUUCUUAUCAAUAAAAGCUGGAGCAGAAGUCAGUAUCCACAGUGAAUGAUAUAUACCGUUGUCUUUGUUUCUAUAGACUAUAGCAAACUUCAGAUAUUGGCUAUUGCAAAGUAUAGCCGGGGAAACCAUCACACCUUUGCCAAAACUACCGCUGCUAAUCAAAAUACUAGGAUCUAAGGUAAUGGAGUGAUCUUGAACAGCUAUCGGGUUUUUUGUGCAUCUUGUCACCAUUGUUGCUAAUGUUGUUCCAUCUUUGGCAUUGAGUAUAGGUUGUUUCCUGGUGACAAUAAUUAAAAAAAAAUAAUGCGCCUUUUGCUUCUUUUUUAAGUUGAAGUUGCAUUGCCCAUCCUUCCUCACCAUGGCAAACAUGCUUCCAGACGAUGCCCUUAUUGAGAUCUUACUUCACCUCCCAAAACACCCCACGUGCCUCCUUCGUGCAUCCCUUGUCUGCAAGCACUGGCGCUACCUCAUCAGAGAUAACAAAUUUAUCAAGCGCUUUCGUGCGUUCCAUCAAACACCCCCUGUUCUCGGCAUCUUCACCAAUUCCACCAGCAUCCCUCGCUUUCUACCCAUUGGGAACCCUCCUGAAUGUGUCACGGUAGGAGCAUUCUCCCUACCUGACCCCUACUGGCAUGUCCUUGGCUGCCGCCACAGCCGUGUCCUCCUCAUUAGCUCAAGCUGGAAUAGUCUACAAGUGUGGAACCCCAUGACUGGCAACCGGUAUGCUGUACCAGUUACACCUGAUGUGAAUCCUCGUAUCAAUUAUGGACGUGUGCCCGAGAGCCAUGCUGCGGUGCUUUGCGCAGCUGGCCACAAUGACCAUGGUGACUGCAGCUCAUGCCCCUUCUUCAUAGUAUGGGUAUUCACCAAUAUAGGCUAUGCUUAUAUCUCUAGGUACUCGUCAGAGAAGGACACCUGGGACAUGAUGGCAUCUUCACCAGCACCAUCGGAGGUUGAUUCCAGGCCUAGCAUUCUUGUUGGGAAUGUCAUAUAUUGGCCACUUAAGUCAAAGCAUAUUCUUGCAUUCGAGCUGGCCACUUCUAGAUUAUAUCAUAUUGAGUGUCCACCAGAAACACAUAGUGUAUACAGAAGGAAUGUCCAUAUCAUGAAGGCAGAGGAUGGUGGGCUAGGUCUGGCUACCAUGACAGGGUUCAACCUUCAGUUAUGGGCAUUGGAGAUUAAUUCAGGGGGCGUUACAGGAUGGGUGCUGCGCAAGACCAUUGAGUUGGGUGCAGUCCUUCCGCUGGAAGUGCCCUCUGUACCGUUGACGGAUAGUCAUUUGGUUAGAAGGCCUCCAGUCAGGAUAUUAGGUCUUGUGGAGGAAGAUGAUUUGUUUUUUAUAUGGACGGCAGUUGGUGUCUUUGCUGUCCAGCUCAAGUCACUGCAGUUCAAAAAGGUGUUUGAAGCUGAUGUAUCUGCAACUUUUUAUCCCUACACCGCCUUUUAUACCACAGGUGCUGCGUGAGGUUACCAGUGAUACUAUUGGAGCUUGUAUAUGAUGUGUCCUUUGGGACCAUUCUUCUGCAUAGCUGUGCAGAAGCUGCUACUAGUUUGUUGGAGAACCUGUUGGAAGACAGCUUCUGCUUGUUUGUAUAAUAAGAUCAGCUUCUAGUUAGUAUUACUUAUAAGUUGCUGCAGAAUUUUGUCGUUUGGCAGCACCGCAGAAUUUUUUACUGUGUAGAAGCUGUAGAACAUCUAUAUAUCACUUUUCAAUUUGAAGAAUUGUAAAGAGAGGCAAUGGCCGCAUUCUAAGCAGGUGCUCUAUGGAAAAUCCCUAGUUGCGCAUGUCAUAUAGUUAGCCAUACUAGUAUAUAGUAGUAUGUUGGUAAUAAAGCUCCACGUGUGGACACCUCUGCUUGUUGGGCCAUCUUGGUGGGAGGAUUCAUUUUAUGUUUUGAGUGUCACAUACUCCUAAGAUAUUUAAUUGAUAGUUAAAAUAGCUUACUUGGUUGUUUUGUA